AAAAAAUCGCCCACUCGAUUGGUUCCGCCCCCUAGAGGCCGAGAUGGGCCUCAGCCGUGGGGGGUUUGUGGGUUCGAAGGCUAAGCGGUCUGCGCCUUUAAGGGAUGAGGUUGGGACCCCUGUGGAGGAAGCGCAUUGGCUGGGAGGAGUUCCCGGAAGUGAUUCACGGAGGCCACGUGGGCGAGUCCACCGCAUAUGGCGGUGCUCUUGAGGAGGCUUUGGCAGCUGGGGAGGACCCCGGGAGUCUUGGGGCACUCCUUGAGACCGCGUGAGGCCAGCCUAGGCUCUGAUUCUGGGGCUGCAGUGCGGGUGCGGUUCGCCCCCAGCCCCACAGGCUUUUUGCACCUGGGUGGCCUCCGCACUGCCUUGUACAACUACAUCUUUGCCAAGAAGCUUGGAGGGAGUUUUAUCCUGCGGCUGGAGGACACAGACCAGUCCCGCCUUGUGCCUGGGGCAGCAGACAAUAUUGAGGACAUGCUGGAAUGGGCAGGUAUUCCCCCUGAUGAGAGCCCACGCCGGGGAGGCCCCACUGGGCCCUACCUGCAGUCCCAGAGGCUUGAGCUCUACACCCAGGCUGUAGAAGCUCUGCUGAAGACUGGGGCUGCUUACCCCUGCUUUUGCUCACCACAGCGGCUGGAGCUGCUGAAGAAGGAGGCCCUGAGGAGCCACCAGACACCCAGGUAUGACAAUCGGUGCCGGAACCUGAGCCAGGGGCAGGUAGCCCAGAAGUUGGCCAAGGACCCCAAGCCUGCUAUCCGCUUUCGCCUAGAGGACGAGGCACCGGCCUUCCAGGACUUGAUAUUUGGAUGGAAUCGGCAUGAAGUAGCCAGUGUGGAGGGGGAUCCAGUCAUCCUGAAGAGUGAUGGCUUCCCCACAUACCACCUGGCCUGUGUAGUGGAUGACCACCACAUGGGCAUUAGCCAUGUGCUGCGUGGCUCAGAGUGGCUGGUCUCAACCUCCAAGCACCUGCUUCUCUACCAGGCCCUAGGCUGGUCGCCGCCUCGCUUUGCCCACCUGCCUCUGCUCCUCAACAAGGAUGGCAGUAAACUGUCCAAGAGGCAAGGGGACAUUUUCCUGGAGUGUUUUGCUGCUGCCGGCUUCCUUCCAGAUGCCUUACUUGACAUCAUCACUAACUGUGGCUCAGGGUUUGCAGAGAACCGGACAGGCAGGACCUUGCCAGAGCUGAUAGCACAGUUUGACCUGACCCGGAUCACCUGCCACUCAGCCCUGCUAGACCUGGAGAAGCUCCCAGAAUUCAACAGGCUGCACCUUCGUCGGCUGGUGAGCAGUGAGACCCAGAGGCGCCAGCUGGUGGAAAAGCUGCAGGUUCUUGUGGAAGAGACAUUUGGGAGCCAGCUGCCAGACAGGACUGUCCUGGACACAGCCUACGUAGAAAGGAUCAUCCUACUGAGACAGGGUCACAUCUGCCGUUUGCAGGACCUGGUCUCCCCAACACACUCCUACUUGUGGACACGCCCUGCUGUGAGGCGAGCACAGCUAUAUGCCAUCUCAGAGAAGGUGGAUGUGAUUGCCAAGUAUGUGCUAGGGCUUUUAGAAAGACCUGAUAUGAGCUUAACUCAGGAGAUACUGAAUGCAGAACUGAAGAAGCUGUCAGAAGGUCUGGCUGGCACCAAACACAGUGAUGUGAUGAAACUCCUCCGAGUGGCCCUCAGUGGACAGCCGCAAGGACCGCCUGUAGCUGAGAUGAUGGUGUCUUUGGGACCAAAGGAAGUACGGGAACGAAUACAGAAGGUGCUUUCCAACUGACAGGAGAUGUACUGGAGCCUGGAGGUAGCCCUAGGAACCUGUUGUGUUUGGAAACUGCCUUUGGAGGGGAGGAGCGGGAGGCCUCGGGGCCCAUCAGAACCAAAAGUAGAAACAGAGUGUCUGGGUGCACACAAGCUCACUCACGGCUCCAAGCAGCUCUGUCCUUACCAGUCGGCUAAGGAAGCCCAGAUCCUUCUCAACUCCCUGAGUAUGGAGAAAAAGACCUCAUGUCUGGUUCUGAUACCCCAUUAUAUGGCAGAGAUUACAAGCUAGUUCAUAGAAUAGUCCAGAGGGUUCAUGUUUAGGCUGCCCAGGCUGCUGUAACAAAAUGCCGUAGACUUGGAGGACUUAACAGAAAAUUUUUUUCUCACCAUUCUAGACGCUGCAAUUUGAAGAACAAGGUGUUGGCAGGUUUCCUCUCUCCUUGGCUUGCUGAUGACUGCCUUGCUGCCUUACAUGGUCAUCUCUCUGAGUGUGCCCUUAGUAUCUCUUUCUAUCCAAAAGUCCUCUUAUAAGGACACUAGUCAGAUGGGAUUAGCAGUCACCCUAAUUGCCCAGUUUUACCUUCAUCACAUCUUUAAAGACCCAGCUGCAAAUACAGUCAUAUUCUGUGGUCCUGGGGGUUAGGGCUUUAACAUACAACCAGAGAGGACACAGUUCAGCUUAUGACAGCUUGGCAACAACCUGGACUCAAGCCCAUUUUGGACUUUGAGCAAUAAAGGAUGGUUGACAAGCAGAGAUGAUCUAGAUGUCAGACUUUUUUGGGCCUCCAAAGAAAAGUUACUCAUCUGUCGGGUGGGAGGAGCACUUACAUCAUAUACUAGUUUUUUGUCCUGGACUUGGGGCAGCCUGUUUCCCUUCCCUAGAUGACAUCUGUCCUUCUUUCGCAGUUCUUCAGACCUAGUCCUUGGAAUGGAUGCCUUCACCCUGCGUAUUCUGUAUCUUUCACCCAUAUUUACUGCCUUCUUACACUCAUUACUUGUUAUGCCACUGUUUGUGAGUCUCUGAAAUGAGAUGUUCUUGGGGUGAAGAGAAACAACUUAAGUAAAAGGAGGACAGUGGCAGUGGCUGGCUACAGAGAUCCCCUACAGGGCCUCUAAGUGUCUGCUGUUUGGCAGCUAGUCUCUGAGACAGCUCUCAGUCAUUGCUACCUCUUGGUGUUCACACUGAAUAAGGUUGAGCUGAGAUGCAUCAUGGUUUCCAUCUUGUUCUCUUGGAUCCCUUACUCUGUGGGAAGCGACUUCCACACGAAGACGUUCAAGCAGCCCUAUGUAAAGGUGCAUGUAAUAAGGAGCCAAGGCCUCCUGCCAACAGCCAGGUUAGUAUGCCAUGUUGGAAGUCAGUCUUCCAGCCCCAGCUGAGUCUUCAGAUGACCUGGCUAAUAUCUUGACUGCAACCUUCAUGAAAGAGCCUGAGCCAGACCACUAAGCAAAGAUGCUCCUGAAUUUCAAACACCCACAAAUUAUGGGAUAAUCAGUGUUUAUUGUUUAAAGACAGUAGGUUUUAGGAUAAUUUGUAUCCAGCAGCCAGUAGCUCACACCCUCUUCUUGUCCAGGGAAGAAGGGAAAGAGGAGUAAAGAAUUUGUUGAGCUUCACAGAGACCUAGUCUUUUCUUGAAAAGUGUAUCAGAUGAAGUUCUUUGAAAACAAAGGAAACCAACUAUGCUAAUUUAAGUUUAUGGGAGUUUUAAGUUUGUGGGAGAAUCACAGAGUCUGUGGGAAAGCCAAAGACCCAGGUCUGGAAAAGACAGGACCUGAGGAGCUUUGAGUGUGCAGGCAGCAGGAAUUAACAGCCAGUCUUCAGUGGAGACACUGGAACUCCAUCUGUGCUUUGUUUGUUUCUCUGUUUAUAUUUUCCCCUUCAGUUUUGGAUACAGCUCAAGAUUCUGAUUCUAGGAAGAGUGUGUCGUCUUGGGCUAAUUGAGGUCAUGUUGCUGUUCCUUAGCCAGGAAUAGAUGGUUCCUUCAGCAUGACAUCCAAUGAAGAAAAGUUGUUCCCAAGGAAAACAGUGAUUUUUUUCC